AUUAUAAAAAAUCCUUCCAGCGUCAUUUACAGAAAAAGUCUGCCCUAUGCGAAACCUGUGGCUCCGUGUUCGAUGAGUGGCAGCACAAACCCAAGAUUCUCAGCUGUGGUCAUACAUUUUGCCUCGACUGUCUCAUCUGCCUGGCGCGGGACACAGAAGUCAAGUGUCCUGCUGGUUGUUCUUACACGACUGCUCUCACCGAGGCUGGUAUCUCGGGGUUAACUACAAAUUACACUGUGCCGAUUAAAAAAUAUCCCGGAACAAACAUCCCCUCCCCAUUGCCUGUUAUGCCACCAGGGUAUGGUCAUCAGAAUGGAGCACAAAGGUUGAAGGAGAGGAGCUUGAGGAAGCAGUAUUACAGGAGCACCUCACCAACCUGACUAUGGUCAGCGAGACACUGUCCGAAAAUAAUUCAAUCGCGCAUUUAAUUGAUUCCCUCCAAAUAGUUCAUUCUUAUACUUCAAUAAUCACCAAUCAGUUCAGUCAGUGUGCUGCUGUUACAGCAAUCAACCAUGCAACUGAAGCAAUCGUCAUAAAACUGAAGCAGUCUGCUUUGGAUUCUUUGCUCUCCACCAUAGGCUUUAGAAAUGAAGAACCCUUUGUCAUGACUUCCUCCCUGGAAGAGCACGCUAUGUAUGGGAAUAAUGCAAACGUGCUUCUCCUCUAUAUGCUAUCUGACCUUCUGUCCUCUCGAAUGUUACAGCUGAGUUCUGUUAGUCCCAUGAGCCCCCUCAGCCCUAACCACCCGCCCCCUCUAACUUCUUCCAGCUCGAUGCAGUCCCCAUUGGCCACGGCUGUUACCUCCGCCCCAAUCCUCCAAGACAGCCUAGGCCUAACUCACGCUAAAGUUGGAGAAAUAAAGACUCAUGAAAUGGGUGGAAUGAAUAUUGAGCAUAUAUUGCAAAUGACGGAGGCAAUUGAGACAGGAUCACUCUUAAAUACAACAGAUGGAAUGACACCAAUGUCUGUGGGUGCCUCUGCUGUGGGUUCCAAUGCAGUACCUUCUGCUCUUUCUUUGGGGCUAUCCAAUCUCUCCCUCCUGGUGUCAGAAAGCACAGAAAAUGGGAAAGAUGAUGCAGAAUCUUUAUCAGACAAAAAGGAGGUCUCAUCCUCUUAUGUGGAUGCUGCCAAAAAGCCAGCCAAGCCCACCCCUCCUCCUGAGAAUUCCUCUAAGCUAACCAUUGCCAGUGCUCUCCCCCCCAUAACAAAGCCAAGUAAAUUCCCGCACUGCUGGAUGGUGCUGUCAAUCAAUGGGGUGACUGCUGGACGCAUUAUCUUUGAGUUGCGGCCUGAUAAGGCCCCUAGGAUGUGCGACAACUUCAUUGCACUUUGCACAGGCAAGAAUGGGUAUGGCUACAAGGGUACACACUUCUUCAGGAGUGGGGAGGGAUUUCUGGCAGGUGGGGAUGUGGAGAAUGAUGACGGUAGUGGUGGGUACUCAGCCUUUGACAAGAAAACCUUUGAGGCUGACCUGUGCCCCCUCAAGGAUGAGGUGGGCAUGGUGCGCUUUAAGGGCAUUGGCACCACAGAUGCUGGCCGUGGCAUGAUUGGCUCACAGUUCAUGAUCUGGUGCGGUGAGCGUGAGUUCAAGAAAUUUGCCUACAGUCUGGUCUUUGGCAAGGUGGUGGAUGGUUUGGAUGUGGCCAAGAAGGCUGCUGCCAUCAAUGUCCACCGUGUGUCUGUUAAGGUGGAGGAUUGUGGUGCAAGAGUCUAAAUGCUUUCAGUUCCCUGUGUUUUCCAUCAGUGGUAAAUUGGUUUGUCUUGUUCACUAUUCAACCCAAGAAAAAAAAAAAAAUAUUUAGAGGAAA